GUCAUACGUGCAGCGUGAAUUCUCGCGCUCUACUACCAAACGCGCUUCUUUUUUUUUCUUUUCCCUUUUCUCUACACACAAGAAAGUCGCAUCCCUCUAAUUUACCUCCAUGUUGAACACCAGAUCACUCUCCAAACAAGAUCUGUACCGUCUCACCUAUAGCAAAUCCGUUUAUGCUAUCUUUACCCGUUCCAACCACACCGAUGUGUUGACUUGUGUCAAAGAAUGGUGGAACAAUCCCAAACUUAAACCAAGCACACACCGAACUUGGGGCGACUAUAAACAAUAUGAAGACGGUCGAAAGAAAGCUGCUUUGUGUGAUUUGAUCUAUAGAGAUUGGAAAGACGGAUUAACAAUGUACCAAGUCGCUCAAUUGGAUUUGACAACCAUGAUACAUAAAAGGGUUCGUCUAGUCUCAAGAUUGUGGGAGAUCAAAGGAGACGUAGAACAGCUUGAACUCUCAUUGAAUGGCUCGAUGAUAUGCCACCGUAUACAGGAACGGUUAAAUAUGUAUUUCAAAUGUCAUGUCUUUGUGAUGCGCAAUGAAGAACAAAAGACAGAUUGGAUACGAAUCGCUCUGUUCGCUUCGGCCGAUUCCGACGAACUACCAGGCUCAUCGGAAACGAUCUACCUCGUCCGAUAUCCUGACACGCCCUAUGUAGCAGCGCUCAAAGCCAACCGUUCAGCAAUUCGACAAAUCGUUCAACAGUCAGUUGCACUUGUGUUUGGAGGCACUUCAGUUGUGGAAAGAAAUACCGAAACCAACGACGUCGAUAAAAUCGCUGAAAUUGCCAAAAACUACAAUUCUCUAGGCCCAAUCAAUCAAUUGCGAGAGAACGAGUUCGAUACCAACCCGCUCGACCUUCAGAAACAGCUUAAAAAAAGAUCAGCAUCUGAAGAGGCUGAUGAUGCCUAUGUGACAGGACGUGAACGUCGACGUCGUGUGGUACCUUUAAAUCGCGACGUGCUCAGGAACCGGUAUAGUCAGACAAGAGCAACAUUCGGCACCAAAGUGGUUCAGGGAUUGGAGAAGUUGAAUAUUCAUAUAACCCACUCAUUGAAGGACAUGCUGGAACCCAGUAUUGCAGAAGCAGCGGCAGAAGAUGGCAGUGAUUUGAUUAAAUUACAAGUCAAGAUCAAAGGGAGAAAUGUGAUGGAAGGUCUUAGACAACUGUCGUUGAGAGGUAUCAUUGAACAGCCAGUGCCGCCAUGGAUGAUUGAUAUGGCAGCCCAGGGUGCCAACACUUUGUAUGUUACCGAGGACAACGUUAUGAAAGAAGUACUCGGUGAUGAUGAUGAUGAUGAUAAUGACAACGACAGCAAUGUCGACGAAAGACGGCAACAAACUCCACAUACCCUUUCAUGAAUUGCA